AUGUCAACAAACGGUGAUGCUGCGUCUGCAGCAUCGGGUGAAGCAAAUUGCCCUCGUGAGAGUUCUGCGCCCGACGUUGCUCAGGCGGUGCAGGCAACGGUGUGCGCAAAGACGUACUCCUACACACAGUACACCCCAGCGGCCGCGGAGCCUGUUGCCUGCGUCUCUGACGGUGCGUGGGAAGUUGACCACCCGUCGCCCACCGUGUACGCGAGCCAGAACGCCGUCGCACGCAUGAAGGAGGCCACACGGUUGUAUAAGAAGGCGGAGUCGGCGGUGGCGAACGGCCUCGCCAAGUGUGGCGAUUGGCUUUCCGCACGUGAUCUCUUCUACGAGGCGGGCGCCAUCUUUGCUACCGGCGGGUACGCAGAGGAUGCGGCCAAGGCGUUUCUGCACGCCGGCAUCAUCACUCGGGCCUUCAAGAACGAGGAAGAGAUGGUAACUGCCAUGUCGCUCGCCGCGGAGAACCUGCAGGUGGUGCAGCCGGCCCUCGCCGUGGAUGUGCUGCACAGCCUCGCCAAUUCGCUGGUGGCGGCCGGCCACCCGAUUCAGUCGGCGCGCUGUAAGCGUGAAGCCGCCCUCUUGCUGGAGCAGCGCCUCGCGGAGCCCGCAAAGGCGAUACAGCUGUACAGGGAGGCGAUGGAGCUGUACGGCAACCGCGUCGUCACAAAGUCCUUCUCGCGCAACUGCAUGGAGCGCAUCAGUGCGCUGACGGUGGAGCUGCAGCAGUACACGGAGGCGUCGCAGCUGUACAUCGAGGAGGCAUCGAUGGUGCCGCGCAACCUUCCCAAGACGCAGCAGUACCUCUACUCACUGCUCUGUAUGCUCGCGGAGGGCUUCGGCAACGACGACCGCUACUUCGACGCGCUGUAUGUAACACGCAAGCGCUUCGACACGCUGCAGGAGGAGGAGAAGAAUUUCCAGCAGGGGAAGGAGCACCAACUGAUGCGGCGGCUGAUUGAGGCCAACGAUCAUGGCUCCCUCAAUGAGUUCGACAUUGCGGUCUUUGAGUACAAGUCGUGCGCCUCCUUUAAGCCGGAUAGUGUGUUUGACGUGCUUGCCGAGAGGUGCCGUGCAAACCUCUAUGAACAUGUGGAGCAAUACAUGUAG